AUGUUUUAAGAAUAAUUAAAAUAAAACUUAGAAAAAUGGAAGAAUCCACAAUAAAAAAUUAUAUUAAUAACUUCUGGAGGUACCUAAGUACCUUUAGAAAAAAAUCUCGUAAGAUCAAUCGAGAAUUUUUCAACAGGGCAAAGAGGAGCUUUAUCAGGUGAAUAUUUUUUAAAAAAUAAUUGUAAAGUAAUAUAUUUUUACCGAAAAAAAUCAUAUAUACCUUUUACUUGGCGAUUUUCUGUCGAGGAAAUAUUCGAAUAAGGUAUUUAAAAAUACUAAGAUUAUAUAAAUGAAUAUAAAAAAUAUUAAAAUCAUAUUUAAUAUAUAUAAUAUGAAACUGUUUAAGAAUAUUUAGAAAAUAUAAUAAUACUUUGUUAAAUAUUAACUCUUUAUUAAUUUCCUGAAAAUAUUAUUAUCUAUCUAUCAGCGGCAGUAAGUGAUUUCUACAUUCCUUUUGAAGAUUUACCAUAACAUAAAAUAUAAUCAAAUUAAUAAACAGAAGACGGUUUAACUUUAAAACUAUAAAAAGUUCCUAAAUUAUUAGAGAAAAUAAAACAAAUUUGUCAUAAAUCUAAAGUAUUCUCUUUUAAAUUAGAAACUGAUGAAAAAAUACUAGAAAAAAAAAUUUUUGAAUCGUUUGAAAAAUACAAAGUCGAUGGAAUAAUUGGAAAUAUACUCUAGACAAGAAAAAAAGAACUUAUAAUAUAUAUAAAAGAAAAAUAAGAAAUAAAAAAAUAUGAAAUAAAAAUUAAUUAAAAUGAAAGUGAGGUAAAUCUAAAAAAUAAAUUUAUAUUAAAAAUACAUAUAAUAUAUAAUAAUAGCCAAUAGAAAAGAAUAUAAUAGAAUAAAUAUUAUGAAUAUAUGUUAUAUAUAUAUAUAUAUGUAUUUAUAUCUAUAUAUAUUUAUAUUAUGUUAUAUAUUUAGAUAUAUAUAUAUAUUUAUUGUUAUAUAUUUACACUUAUUCAUUUUUUUUAUUCUGAACCAAAAAUUUUGUUUAGAUUUUCAUUCAAUAUUUAAUUAUGA